AUGACUGACUCUCCUGACUUCGAGGCUCCCCCCACCGACCUCAUCACCCUCACUCGCCACAUUCUCAACAGGCAGCAUGAGAUCGGAGAGAAGGCCUCCGGUGACCUCACCCUCCUCCUCGUCGGCAUCCAGGCGUCCGUUGGUGCUGUUACUGCUGCCGACGUAGCUGACAACCAGGUGACCUCGAAGUACAUUGCUUCGAACGUCCGCAAGGCCCGUCUCAUCAACCUUGUCGGUCUCGCCGGUGCCUCCAACGUCCAGGGCGAGGACCAGAAGAAGCUCGAUGUCCUCUCCAACGACAUCAUGGUGAACGCGCUCUCGGCCUCGGGCAAGGUCUCCGUCAUGGUUUCCGAGGAGAUUGACGACCCUAUCAUUGUCAAGGGCUCCAAGGGCACCUACGCCGUCGUCUUCGACCCCCUUGACGGCUCCUCCAACAUUGACGCUGGUGUCAACGUUGGUACCAUCUUUGGUGUUUACAAGAUCGAGGAGGGCCAGGAGGGCACCGUCGCCGACGUCCUCCAGCCCGGCAACAAGAUGGUUGCUGCCGGUUACACCAUGUACGGUUCGUCGUGCAACCUUGUCCUCUCGACCGGCCAGGGUGUCGACGGCUUCACGCUGGACGAGUCGCUCGGCGAGUUCAUCCUGACCCACCCCAACAUCCGCAUCCCCGACCGUGGCAAGAUCUACUCGUUCAACGAGGGCAACUCGAUGUUCUUCUACCCCCCUACGCUCGAGUACCUCCAGUCGAUCAAGUACCCCGAGAACAAGAAGCCGUACAGCGCUCGUUACAUCGGUUCGAUGGUUGCCGACGUGCACCGCACGCUCCUCUACGGCGGUAUCUUCGGCUACCCCGACGACAAGAAGAGCAAGGACGGCAAGCUCCGCAUGCUCUACGAGGCGUUCCCGAUGGCGUUCCUAACCGAGCAGGCCGGCGGUGUCGCGACGACUGGUUCGCAGCGCAUCCUCGACGUCCAGCCGAAGAACAUCCACGGCCGCUGCCCCGUCUUCCUCGGCUCGAAGGAGGACGUCAACGACCUCAAGAAGUUCUACGACAAGUGGCAGUCGCCCGACAAGAAGUGGUAA